AACAACUUAAGCCUUCUUUAUGUGUUGUUGGGAGUGUUUACUAGUGUUGGCGGGCCGAGUGAGGUGAGGCUGUGUGGCUCCUGUCAACACAAGGACUGUCUCUCAACACUAUACUGACCUGUACAGUAAAGAUGCCCCCUCAACACACUCCUCUCUCUGCCAAGAAGGACAUGGGGCAGAUACUUUUCUCAUCUUUGCUGCUCCUGGGCAUGGAUGCUGUUGGUCUGGAGCACAACCUGGGCACACCAGUAAACCAGAAAAUGUUUGUGCGAAUGAAUAAGAAGCUUGGAGAAAUACUGCUCCAUUUUUUAUUUGUGUGUAUUGAUCAAGAAAAGGCAGCAAAGGUGUUCCGUGAUUGUUGGCCGUUGAUAGAUAGGAAGCAGGAGUCCCAGUUUCACAAAGCAACAUUUGAGUGGUACAAGAGCCUUCAGCAGAGUAAUGGGCAACCAGUGCCAGCUGUUGUGGCCAAAACUUUCAUGGUUCCUGGUGGCCCCAAGUUCACCUCAACAUUGAUUACACUCACCCGCUUAGCUUUACACUCCUCAGUUGCCAGGAAAGCUCCUGGCUGCACCCUUCUUCACUUUCCGUCUCACAGUCGCAGUUCAAUGUUAAAUGCGGAAACAUUGCUCCUGCUUAAGGCAUCAAAACAUGCUCACCAUCGAAACUUUAUUGCUAAACAGAAGAUUCGUCAAGAAGUCUUGAAAAGUCUCCAGGACAAGGCUAAGGAAUUGUCCAAGACAUAUCGUCAACAAUGUUCUGAGAGUGAGAAGACUAUGCAAGAGCACCAAAAGGCACUCAUGAAUAAUGAGAGGCUCACCCAACACCAGAAAGAUAUUUUCUCCACUGCUUCUUUGUCUGUACUAAAAAAAGAGAUUCUGGACGAUAUAUCAAAAAUGAACAGUGAAGCGAGCAAAUUAUGGGCACGAGCAGAAAAAUUUCGAGAGAUUGAAGAGUCGUCCUGGAAGAUUUUAUCCCCCUUAUUAGAUGGGACAACUUCUCUUUCACAUAUAGAUGGCUCAGCAUAUGCUCCACAGGUCCCUGAAAUGGUUUACAAGGCUCAUGCUAACACAAUAAACAAGGUGGGGUUACAUGGUCUCUACCACAAUGAUAAAUUAGACCUAUUGAGUCUGAUGCAAUACUCCAACUUGGCUCUGAGUUCUCUGCUUGACACAGUUCGUACUACUCACUGCCAGGCAAAGCCAGAGUCCACAGAAGAGCUAGAUGUUCAGACUGGCCGUGUGACAAGUAUGAGCGAGACUGUUAAUAAAUUAAGCAAUCAACUGAAUACCCUGUUACCUUCACUUAUGGAAACUGUUACCACUCAUCGCCAUCAAAUUGCAUCAACUUUAUCAUCUUCAGAGGCAGUUCAUUUAGAAGGAAAACCUCAUCUGUGGCCACCAACACCUCCACUUACUUUAGUAGAUACUCCAGUGGCCAUCAGGGGUGGGAGCAAGAUUGUCCCACUGCAGCUCACUCCGGGUAUAAAUCAUUCCAGGGCUGGUUUCUUUGAAAAUAGUUUAAAUGUCACACCAAGCAAGCUGCUCUCUAAUUCUGGCAUCACUCAGGCAGCCAAGAGAUCACCUAAAGCUAAUGUUGUCUACUCUCCUGCCACACACAGAGAUGAUUCUAUCAAGAUAGUAGUGGGGGAGAACACGAAGAGAUUAGUCACUGAGGCUGGAUUGACUAUGGAUAUGUUGACGGUGGACUGUCGUGGACGUUACCUAAAGAAGAGAGAGCACGAACAAGAGUUACUGCAGGCCAGCUGUAAUCCACCUUCUAAAAAUAAAGGAUAUAAAUCUUCCAUACCUAAGAGAUGUCGAAUCCCAAAGAGUUUGAUGAAUCAUUCUGUGGCCAGUACCAACACAGCCCCUGUAGUUGGAGUGGCUGAAUCUGGUGUUCAAAAAGUCACCAAUGUAAAUUCUGAUGAAGAAAGCUGUGAUGUAACCAAGUGCAAUAAUAAGACUGAGAAAGAAGACUUCAAUAAUUCCUUAAUUGAUAGACUGGCAGAUAUAAUUGUUAAUGAGGGUGAUGAUAGUGGUGCUGCAGAGCUCCUUGAUGCCCCACUCUUGGAGGAGGUUACCCGAAAUGGAUCCACAAUUGACUCUGGCUGUGCAGAAAUGAACUUACAUUCUGAUACUUUGCUUGAGGCAUUAGAAAAGAUGGACAUCACACCAAGACGAGAGCUCUUGGCACUGCAUGAGAGCAACAGAUCUUUAAAGGGAACUCCAGGAUUGGCAAGAAAAAUUGGCACUCCCUUCCACUGUGCUAGCCCAAGACUUUCCUCUCUGUCCAGGGAAACUCCAGAAAGGCAGAAAACUCCAGCACAGGGGUCACCUGUUCAGUUUACUCGGCUAAUAGACAUAACUCCCUAUGGCCCUCUAGUAUAUUCCAGGCACACACAAGAUAAAAUUCCAGUCACAGACUCUUCCAGAAUAUCACUGAGCAAACUGCAGGUCACAGGUUUUACAACCUAUGAUGCUGAUCCAGAAAAGUUAGUAUCUAAACAGGAAAAAACGAUACAUGAAUCUUCUCAAGAUCUUUUGGCAAAAAUGUCUUUCCUCACCCAGAGUCCAUUCAAGGAUAAUGCAACAUCAUCUUUAUCGUCAUCAUCAUCAUCAUCUAAUAUAUUGAACAAAUUUGAUGGUUUAGACUUCUCUUUGAUUAGCAAAGUCAGUAACUCCACAAAGCUUUUGACUGAUGAGGAAGCCAGUGAAGGUGGUACUGUAGAGAAACUCAGACACCAUUCUAAGACUAAAUUGAAUUUACUAAUAGAGCAAGUGCAACAAAUGAAACUGCAGCACCCAAGAAAAGUGGAUUCAGUUACACUAAGUAGAAGUGAAUAUAAAACACAAAGUAAUUUCUUGUCUUUUGUUGAGAAUUUAAAAAGUAGAAAAGAUGCAAACAGCAAGUCUUCCAAUAUAAAGUGCACUGAGCCAGGUAAAAGUGAAUUCAAGGUGGAUAACUCUGAUCUCGUGAGAAGUCUGUUACCCACAGACUCAAUAUUGAGCAAGUGUGAUGAAGAUGGGUCUAUGUUGGAGAUUAAGCAAGACUUCUAUAACAGUUUAACAAGGCUGCAGAAUCUUACAGGAGAUAAUGAUAAUGAUGACACGCUUACUGAGAAUAACUUGGAAACCAAGAAUAUUGAGAAAUCCCUUGAACCAGAGGAAACCUUCACCGAUGCUUCUGAUGUUGCUGAAGAUGUUUUUAGAUGCCCAAGUUAUCCAGGUCGUAGGUCUUACUUGCCAGAAAGUUCUGUGUUUGACACACUCACCGACUCCGUACUUACUGGCGAAUCAGCCGUCUCCAUUAUAAACAAUGAAGCCGUAAAGUCAGAGCUUCGCAGAGAGAGUAUAUCAUCUCGUAGGCAGUCUAUUGUCAGCACUGAAAGAAUGAGCUUGGGGUCCAAUAAGCGAUUAUCAGAUGUCUACACAACUUUCCAAAAACGAUUUUCACUUGAAUGUUCAGGAAUUCUUGAUGAAAGUGACUCCUGUCUACUUUCAAUUUCCAUGGAUGAGUUUUGAUGCUUAAAGAAUAAGACUGGUGUGUCUGAAAGCUUAUGGCAGAGAUGAUGGCAGUCCUUAGCAGAGUAGCAACCUUGAUUAUGAGGUCAGUGGCAGUUAUGAUGAGCUGUUGCCUCUAUUUAAUAUCCUGUCAUAAUAGAUCAUAAAAAUGUGAUAUCAUUCAAUGUUUUCCAGGUAGACCCCACUUUACAAAGCUGUGGUUUACAAAAUUUAAGGUAUGAAAAAAAAAGCCUUGAUUUACAAACAAAACCCCCAAAAUUGUGAGUCCUUUUUAAGUAAUAAAAUUAUGACCUUUUUUGUUUAUUAUUAUUAUUAUUAAGGAAUUACAAGUUUUGGGAGUUAGGCAGUAAAUUCCCCAUUUAAUUACAUGCAAAGUGCAAAAGAGUGUAAAGUUUUAGUGAGUAGGCUCGGUAUAUCUGCAGAUACUCUUCAAAAUUGUGGCACUUUGCAUUUGUGUAUGGCAGUACAUUCUGGUGAUGGGUUUUAGACAUUAUAAGUGCUGUAGUGAUAAAUGAUAUAAGAAGUAGGAUUUUUAUCUUAUGUGUAUAAUGUGUAGGUAAGCAUAAGUGUUAUGGCUUGUAUUACUUGACAGGUUGGUCAGUUAAUGUACUGUCCAAAUUCUGCUAAGUUUUGGAAUCCACAGCGUGCUCAAUUCAAAGUGAGCCCUGCUCCCACACAGGUAAAUGUACUCGCAAUGCUUUUCCUUUCAGUGAUAAAGAUUUAAAUGGGGGGGAAUCUUCACUGAAUUCAUUAAUGUGGUGGCAUGGCUCCUUUAGAAACCAGCAACCAACUAGCUUUUGUAAUUUAUAAUGAUUACAAACGAUACCAAAAAUGGGUCGAGUUUAGUACGUAAUUAUGUCAAUUGCUUCUCUCUCCACGUGUUCAUUUGGUAAUUCAAGUUUGUAAAGCUCUCUUGCAGUAGUCUCACCCACAUCAGUCUAAUUUUACUCGGGGUAUUGGUACUCUUAUCCUAAAAUUUAACCACUUUAAUCACCAUCUGUGUUAAGUAAGGAUAAAUAUUUUAAAAUUCUAACCCCAAAGCCACUUUUAUAGCCAUGACUACUACAUUACAGUACUUGUUAAUCACCAAGCUGUUACUAUCCUGCCAUAUAGAAGGUGUUCAGGUGUAUAAUAGCACUGUUUAGAAUUAUGGUAUUGCAUAUCACUUUAAAACUAAGAAUUACGUCAAGAGGAAAUACAGGUUGUAACUUCGCUCUAAUUUGGGUAAUAAAAACUUUUACUUUCUUUUUAUGCUAAUUAGAGCAGAAGUUACAAGUAUAUUAACUGGGCAUAGUAAAAAUGUCAAUCUUGUUAUGUCAAAGACAGUUUGCAGCUUUAAGAGUAUUUUAAGUGUAGCACAACAAAGUUUAGUGCUAAGGUAUACAAAAUUUGAAAAAUAUUUUCAAUGGGAUGGAGGUUUAUAUGCUAGAAGCAUCAUAUCUAAUCCUGAAAGUGGAGUAGUGUGUACACAAUUUUAUUCAAAAGCUUCCUUCCCUGUAAUCCAUACAUUCAGGUGAUCGGAACUCUAGCACGUUUGCUUCAUUUUUGUGCAAGUGAAGUAUCAUCCCCACAGUAUAAUACUGACUUCACUGUCAGACUGUGAUUGGGCUAACUGAAAGGUUUCUAUCUCUCAUUUUAAUAUCUAAAAGUUUAUGAACAAAUUAAAUUUAUUUUGCCAGAUUUGGGAAAGUCUUUGUACAGUAUAUAUAUUUUUAAUAAUAAUAUCUGUCUUCAUUUUCUCUGAUAAUUAGAAAAGUAUCCCUGGGGAAAGUAAUGUCUCAUAGUGUUGAUGUUUAUGCCGUAGGUUUAAUGAAAUUGUUACUUGCAUAAUAUAAAGAAAUAUUUAGGUUAUUGUAAUAUUUACUUUUUUAAUCAAAUGUAAUGUUGAUCUCAGUAAAACCAUAAAGGAAGACAUUGUAAAAUUCCUCAGUGCUGCAGUUAACUAGAAACUUGACACUAUAUUGGGGCAAAAAUGUUUUAAACUACGAAAAUGAAUUGUGUGUACAGUAUUUUAUAAGGUAGGUGAAUAAAUUUUGACAUGUUUAUAGUACC